CCACAGCGUAGGAAGUAACGGGCGCAGAGUGCACGCGGGCAAUUCGGCUACGGUGUAGCAGCGUAUAUGGAAGAAUAGCUGUGUGAACUUGCCGUUUUGGACAAAACCACAUUUUGGAUUAAUUGGUUGCUCUUGGAAAUGCUGAAGCCCGGAGACCCGAGUGGCUCUGCUUUUUUGAAAGUGGACCCAACUUACAUUCAGCACUGGCAGCAGCUCUUCCCUCAAGCACAACUGAAGAACGGCGCCCUCGCGCAGCUCCAGCCACCGGAGCGAGUCACGAUCCCGGUGGAGAGCUUGCGACAGCGGCCGAACCUCAUCUCCGUAUCGUCCUCCUCGGGUCUCACUCCGUCCUCCACAUCCUCACACUCCUCUUGUACGCCCUCAGCAGUGUCUUCGUUGGCAGGCUUAUCGCAACUCUCUGUACCACAAACUGCACUUUUUGGACAAACUUUGUGCACUGACCUGGUAGUGUCAGAUAGCAGCACACAAUCCAAGGAACUCUGCUUUUCGUCGAACUUCAAGAAUGACAAAAGCUCAAAGUUCAAACUGACCUCGGAGGAGUUAGACUACUACCUUUACGGACAACAGAGAAUGGAAAUAAUUCCAUUGAACAAUCACGCCGGCGACCAGACAAACCGCUGUGAUAUGUGUGCGGAUAACCGGAAUGGAGAGUGCCCCAUGCAUGGCCCCCUGCACUCGCUGCGGCGCUUGGUGGGCACCAGCAGCGCCUCGUCCACGGUGCCCCCGCCAGACGUGCCCGAGUGGCUGCGGGACCUGCCGCGGGAGGUGUGCCUCUGCACCAGCACCGUGCCCGGCCUCGGCUACGGCAUCUGCGCCGCCCAGCGCAUCCCACAGGGCACCUGGAUCGGGCCCUUCCAGGGCGUCCCCCUCCUGCUGGACAAGGUGCAGUCGGGAGCCGUGAGGAACACGCGGCAUCUGUGGGAGAUCUAUGACCAGGAGGGGACACUACAGCACUUUAUUGAUGGCAAUGAGCCAAGCAAGUCCAGUUGGAUGCGGUAUAUUCGCUGUGCCAGGCACUGUGGGGAGCAGAAUAUGAUGGUGGUUCAGUACAGGUCGUGUAUUUUCUAUCAAGCCUGCAUGGACAUCCCUCGAGGGACGGAGCUGCUGGUGUGGUACAACGACAGCUACACCUCCUUCUUUGGCAUCCCCCUCCAGUGCAUCGCACAGGACGAGAACCUAAACGUCCCAGCCACUGUCAUCGAGGCAAUGUCCCGGCAGGAGAGUCUCCAGCCCUUCAGUAAGGGUGGGAAGGGGGGAUCCUCCGGCGUCCUGCUGCGCUCCAUGGUCUUCCCCCACUCGCCCUGCCCGCGAGGCUUCUCUCUGAUGGACAAGGGAGGCCCAGCUGACUCCGGCUACAACCAGAUGGGCUCCAAGAACCAGCGCGUGCUGGCCAGCCCCACCUCCACCAGCCAGCUGAGCUCCGAGUUCAGCGACUGGCAUCUGUGGAAGUGUGGCCAGUGCUUCAAGACCUUCACCCAGCGCAUACUACUGCAGAUGCACGUGUGCCCACAGAACCCAGACAGACCAUACCAGUGUGGCCACUGCUCACAGUCCUUCUCCCAGCCGUCGGAGCUGCGGAACCACGUGGUCACACACUCAAGCGACCGGCCCUUCAAGUGUGGCUACUGUGGCCGAGCCUUCGCUGGAGCAACUACACUCAACAACCACAUCCGCACACACACUGGGGAGAAGCCAUUCAAGUGCGAGCGCUGCGACCGGAGCUUCACACAGGCCACGCAGCUGAGCAGACACCAGCGGAUGCCCAACGAGUGCAAGCCCAUCAGUGAGAGCAGCGAAUCAAUCGAGGUGGAUUAGCUGAUUGACUGGCCGGAA